UGAAAAUUCGGAUAGUCGACGAUAGUUGACAGGUCGCAGCAGAAGGAGGAGUGAACGUCGCGCCGUCGCUGUGUCGGUACCACAGCAUCCGUCGAGGGGGCGGCUACGACGACUACGACUACGACGUCGACCGUGUAAAUCAGAGCACAACUGCAACUCGUAUACACCGUGGCAACGAUACAGAGCGUCGCGUGACACGUGUGUGCUGUGUUCAAGUGGUGAGUCGUCGUCUAAAUAUAAUAAUAUAAUAUUGUUGUUCACAAUUACGUGAGGACUUUCCGAUAGCACGUAAACGUGGACAAGCGUGCUGGACGUAAAUAUUGUAGGUAAUAUAAGUAUUUAAGUACCUAUAUAACGUAUACAGAUUGUGUCACCGCACGUCCAGGAGUCCGAGCAAUCAUUUUUUCAACAAAUUCAAACAUUACAGCUUCUGAUUGGAUCGAAACUUUUACAUACAGAGGAACUUUAGAGGGAAUUGCGUCAUCGUGUUUGGAUCACACUGGAUACGGAAGGUCUCUGAAUCACAGUCGAAGCAAAACAACAACCUGGGAAUUUCAUUACAUCAUAAUUAAGUGAACAUUAUCGCGUUAGGUAAAAAAAACAAAAAAAUCAAACAUGACCACAACUAUCUACGCUGCGUUUGUGUUGCAACAACACGAACUGGAAUCCAACGGCGCCUUAACGCAUCAGAUCAUGAAAUUCACGGAAUCCGAAGACCCCGCGCACGCGCCUUACGUUAAGUUGGAAAACGUGUCCAUGGACAUGCUUGCCGAGGCGAUACAAAAACGAGUAAGCGACAAGAGUGCAUACAAGUUUUUGAACCGACGGUCGGACGAUGACCGCGAAGGCGUUAUGCUGUACGCGAUUCCCACGGUGGAAGCCGACGACGAAGAGCUUGACCAGUUCAAGUUUGUGUCCAGCCACGAGGGCACGAAGAGAGUUCUGUCAGAGGUCAUGGAGGAACUGGGCUGCGAGUACACUCGCCUGUCGCCGGACAUAGAGAUCGCCCGCGUCGAUUCGAUGGCCACCUGGACGCUGACCGUAUCCGAGAGCCACGAGUACCACGAACUGAGACUGACGCCGGGAAAUCGGUGUACCAAUGACUUGACGCCGCACUCGAGCACCGCCGAGUUGCAGAUCAAUAACAUUCGUCUGUCGGAGAUAUUGUAUUUGGCCGAGUACACGCAUACGAUAAGUCCAAGUUUGGUGCGUUACUGUGACGUGCCAUUGUAUCUGGGCUCCAAACGGACUUGCGAGAGAUUUAAAUUCCCCAAGACGGCCAAGACGUCUGCGCAAAUUGUACGGGAAAUACAGCGAAAGAUCGACAGAACGCACGUACCUCUCACCGAGCUGUGGAACAUAGUAAUGGGUGGUGUCAAAUUUUUUAUAUAAUAUUUAUCAGCCUAUAUCAAAUCACACGUGAAUUGUUCAGACAUCCUUUUUUAAGGUUGAACAUUUAAAUCAAAUCGAAUUGA